UCCUAUAUAAAGGAACGGGUGUUCGAACAUAGAUAAGUUCAGAAGGCGUUUUGAAUCGUCUCAGUAAAUAUUCAGUGCAAUAAUCGUUAACGCAAUCAGAAUGAAAGUCCUCGCUUUUCUGCUCAUUUUGGCGUGCUGCGCUGCAACGAUUCACGGAAGAGCGGUUCCCGAAGCCUUGGCGCUUCUGACUAAAGGGCUGCAUCAAGAAUGCGCGAAGGAGACCAAAGUUUCGGAAGAUAUCCUCACUAAAGGAAAGACCGGGGAAUUUACCGAAGUGCCCGAGUUCAAGUGCUACUUGAAAUGUCUACUGGAAAAGUUAAACUUUAUUUCUGAAGAUAACGUGGUAAAUUACGAUGGAAUGAUAUCGAUACUUCCACCGGACUUCGUGGAACCUGGCACUAAAAUGAUCAACGACUGUAGGGCGACUACCGGAACCGACGGUUGUGACUUAGCUUGGAACUUGAAUAGCUGCCUGUACAAAUCAAAUCCAAAGGAAUACUUCCUGCUGUAAAGACAACGAGAUGACAUCGAUAUGAUAAAAUAGUAUUGUAGCUGCGUAUGGCGGAGAAAUUAUUACUCACGACGUUGUAAAAUGAUUUCAAUAAACGAGAUUUAGAAUUGA